AAAAAGGUUCCCCACUCUCAAGUCUCAACUCUCAAGUGGCUCAAUCUUGAUUCAAAAGCUCCUUAGUCAAAAAAGCACUAACGAGAAGGACUAACUUUCCCCUCUAUUCUUCCUUCCGUAUUCUUGAGGCUUCUCUCUCAUUAAUCAUUCCUCAUUCCAAAUAUCUCUCCUCUUCGAAAUGCCAUUACAUCAAUCCCACUCUCACUCCCUUCUCAUUACAACAACAUUCACACUCAUUUUCUCUCUCCUCACUACCUCCGGCCACUACACCCCACCUCCCUCCUCCUCCGCCCUCCUCUCCGACUGGCACUCCGCCCGCGCCACUUACUACGCCGCCACCGACCCGCGGGACAUCGUGGGUGGCGCCUGUGGCUUCGGCGACCUCGAGAAGGCCGGGUACGGUAAAGCCACUGUCGGGCUGAGCACUGCUUUAUUCUCCAAAGGGCAGAUCUGCGGCGCUUGUUUCGAGGUUCGCUGUGUUGAGGACUUGCGGAAUUGUAUUCCAGGCACCUCUAUUCUUGUUACUGCUACCAAUUUUUGUGCCCCUAAUUACGGAUUUACUGCCGAUGGAGGUGGGAAGUGUAAUCCUCCUAAUAAGCAUUUUGUUCUUCCUAUUGAAGCUUUUGAGAAGAUCGCGCUUUGGAAGGCUGGGAAUAUGCCUGUCCAAUACCGAAGGAUCAAAUGCAGAAAGGAAGGAGGGAUUCGGUUUGCUAUCGAUGGUUCUGGAGUAUUUGUGUCCGUGCUUGUCAGUAAUGUUGCAGGUGUAGGCGAUGUUGUUGCAGUAAAAGUUAAGGGGUCACAAACUGGAUGGCUUCCGAUGUCAAGAAAUUGGGGGCAGAAUUGGAUACUCAAUGCUGACCUGAAAAAUCAGCCUCUUUCAUUUGAGGUCACUACUAGUGAUGGGGCAAUUCUCACAUCAUAUAAUGUUGCUCCAAAGAAUUGGACAAUAGGCCAAACUUUUGAGGGCAAGCAAUUCGAUUAGAGGCCCUGAUCUGUGAUAUUAUACUAACUGAAGAAAAUUCAGUUAUGUGAGAUUUUUUGGUACAACCUUCAUUAGUUAGCUUAAUUUAAGAAAUGGGCCACAGGAUUAGGGUAAAAUUCUAGUUCUGUAUCAUUGUAUUUGAAUGUACACUAUUCCCCACCUGUAAUAGAAUGCAUGUCUAGAAGGCCA